AUGCUGCCGCUGCGGCGCCUCCUCGCCGCUUCCCUCCGCCAUGCUCGCCGCCACUCCCGCCUCCGGCCCCGCCGCCUCCUCUCGUCCGGCCCCGCCCCGCCCGCCUCCCCUUCUCCGCCUUCCACCUCGUCGACCCUCCCCGUCGCGGCGCCUCCCCCGCCGCGGCACCAUCUCGCGCCCCUCCGCGGCCCCCGCCGCAUCUCCCCGCUGCUCGCCAUCUCCGCGCUCUCCGUCGCCACCGCCGCCGGGACGCUCUACGCCACCACCGACAACAUCGAGGAGACCCUAGCGAGGACCAGGGCGUCCGCCGCGCGCGUGGCGGAGCAGAUGCGGCACACGUGGACGGCGGGCGGGGUGCUCUGCAAGUCGCUCAUGUCCGUCCUGUCGUCCGCCAACCACGAGGUGCGGUCGGGGUUCGAGAUGCGGGUCGCCGCGCUGCUCGCCGAUAUCACGGCCGCCAGUGCCGCUCGGCGUGCGGCCAUCGUGUCCGCGGGCGGCGGCGCCGUGGUCGACUGGCUGCUCGACAGCAUCGUGCGGGGCGCCACGCAGGCGGAGGCGGCGCGGGCGCUCGCGAACCUGCUGGCCGACCCGUGGGUCGCGCCUGCUGUGCUCGGCCGGCCACGAGCGGUGCCCUCCCUCCUUCAGUUUAUCUUCUCCUACCAGCCCAAGCGCGGCAAAAAGAACUCCAGACACUCUUCGUUCGAUGUAUCAGAUCACUCUAAAGGAAGGAGCAUGCUUGUCGCUGCACUCAUGGAUAUAAUCACAUCCAACUGUGAUAAUGCAGAUUAUUCGUCGUUUCGGCCUUUGUUGCCUGCAGAUGCUGAUAUAAGAGAUAUUGCAGCAGCUAUCGAAGUCAUUGAGGAAGGGGGGAUGCACUUUGAUGACCAUGAGGAUGAUAGCAGUGAUGAUGGUGACAGGGGAUUAAAAGGGAUAGGGAUUAAGGUACUUGGGGGGACUACUAUAUUGGGAUUCUCCAGAGAAAAUAACUCACUAAAGAUUGGCAACUCAGGUGAUGAUGUUUUGGAAGUUGCACAAAAUAGUAGAAUGGAAGUUGCCCAGAAUAGUAGUGGACUGGUAAACCAAGAGUCUACUGUUGAUUAUGUAGACAUUGAGAGACUAAGUUCCCAUGCUACUCCAGGCCUUUGGGAUGAUUUACAGAGGGAGCAUGUAGCUGUACCCUUUGCUACCUGGGCUCUUGCUAAUUGGGCUAUAGCAUCGGAUCUGAACCGCACUCGUAUUCAAGAACUUGAUAGCGACGGGCAUGCUGUGACAACUGCACUGAAAGCCCCUGAAAGAACUGUGAAGUGGCAUGGAGCCUUGGUGGCCCGGGCUCUUUUAGAAGACCAGAACUUGACUUUGGCUCCUUCUGUCCCUGAUUGGUCCUCAAGUCUUCUUUUAACAGCUUCUCAGGCUACUGAGAAUGGCGACAUGUCGUUGGCCCAAAUGUCACUGUCAACUUUCCUGUUAUCCAUGAUACGAUGCAAUGAGUCGAAGUUUGUGAUAAGGCAGAAGGGUCUUCAUCUUCUUCGUAGUAUUGCAAAAAAAAUAGAAAAGGAAAAUAGUCAGAAUGGUAUGAAGGAGUCAUUAGCGGUUGCCCUGAGUUCGCUCUAUUCUGGUGAAGUUCCUUUGUCACUUGAAGAAGCUCAAAGAUGGUCUGGCAUUCUUCUUCGUUGGCUCUUUGACAAAUCUGUAUCAGGCACAACACAUCAUACAUCUGUAAAAAUCCUUUCAUCUAUACUUGAGGAUUACGGACCAUCUUCCGUACCGAUUUCUCAGGGAUGGUUAGCUCUCGUGCUUUCCGAAAUUCUUGGAGACAACAAGACACAAAGUUUGAAAGGAGCCACCCCGCCUGAACCAGAACGAGUGAAGAAUCAAGUUGAUUAUCAUAAUGCUUACACUGCCACACAAGUCUUGAAUCAGUUAGCUACAGCGGUUGUGAAAUUAGCAAGCAUUCAGUUGGACCAUGGUUCUGAGUCUGGUGACAAAGAACUUGAACCAUUUGCUACAGCUGUAAAGAACUUGAACAAAAAGAGCCCACCCAAGUUUGAUGCCGUUGACUCAGCCUUAGCUACGCUUAAGGGAAUAAAAGCACUAGCGGAGCUUUGUUCUGAGGAUGUCACGUGCCAAAAGAGAAUAGCUGAUUUAGGAGUUGUUUCGUUAUUGAAACACAUCCUCGUCGGUGACGAUUAUGAGAAACUUGCUGCAAUUGAAGCAUAUGAUGCAUCAAGAAUACGAGAAGUGCAAGACAAGAAUGUGUCUGCUUCCGAUGAUUCUUCUACUGCUGCUACCACUGAUCCCCGUAGUGUACGUGUUCCUCCAGCAGCACAUAUUCGAAGGCAUGCCGGGCGGCUGCUUACCAUUCUCUCCCUUCUACCCAACUCAAAGAAGGAAAUUGUUUCUGAUGAUGUAUGGUGCAAGUGGCUUGAGGAAUGUGCAACCGGACGAAUUCCUUGCAAUGAUAUAAAGUUAAAAAGUUACUGCAGACUAACUCUGUUAAAUGUAUUCUGCUCCGAGAGUCAAAAUACAAGAAGUGUUUCUGGUGAAUAUCCUGAUUCAGAAUGUGAGUAUAAAAGAAAGUGUCCUCAAUUUGGAGAUGCGCUUUUCUUGCUGAAUCCAGAAUUACAUCUUGAUGUUCAUUUGGGCAACAGUGGCUGUGGGAUUUCAAGAGAUACUUGUAAGGAUGAUGGAUGCAUUGAACAUAGUGGCUCUGAAACUGGAAGCAUAGAAGGUAAAGAUGCUGCAUCAAGACGUGUCUCCCCUGAAGUUGAUGUCGUGUUUGUCCAUGGCCUUCGUGGUGGCCCAUUCAACUCAUGGCGGAUAGCUGAUGACAAGUCAUCAACUACUAAAGCUGGUCUGGUGGAAAGUAUAGAUGAAGAUGCUGGAAAAGAAGGUACUUGUUGGCCAAGACAAUGGCUUUCAUCAGAUUUUCCUCAAGCUCGUUUCUUCACGGUCAAAUACAAGACAAAUUUGACACAAUGGACUGGAGCCAGCCUGUCCCUUCAGGAGGUGAGCUCUAUGCUGCUGAGGAAGCUGGUGGCUGCGGGGAUCGGUAGCCGACCUGUUGUGUUUGUGACUCAUAGCAUGGGUGGACUGGUGGUUAAGCAGAUAUUGCAUCAAGCGAAACUGAACAAUUACGACAAGUUCCUGAAUAAUACAAUUGGACUAGUCUUUUAUAGCUGUCCGCAUUUUGGCAGUAAACUUGCAGACAUGCCAUGGCGUAUGGGUUAUGUGUUUCGUCCAGCUCCUUCAAUUGGCGAAUUAAGAAGUGGGUCUCCAAGACUUGUUGAGUUAAAUGAUUUUGUGCGGCAGCGCUACAGCAAAGGACUUCUCGAUGUUCUUAGUUUUAGUGAGAGCGAAGUCACACCAAUUGUCGAAGGUUAUGGUGGUUGGGCAUUCCGAGCGGAGAUAGUCCCGAUCGAAUCUGCAUACCCAGGAUACGGGGAGCUUGUUGUUCUACAGAACACUGACCAUAUAAACUCGUGUAAACCGGUGAACAAGAAUGACCCUUCAUACGCCGAGACUCUGGCAUUUUUGGAGAAAAGCUUGAAAUCGCGUGGCAAAAGAGCAGAAUCCUAG